AGGAGGAGGAGCAUAUGAGAGCCUCUUAACCAAAGGGGGUAAUCUUCUGCUCCAUCUGGCAGUCAACUGACAGCAGGUGACCGCCCGACCUCCAUCCAUCCAUUCCACCAUGCUGCUAUCCCCUGCCGCUGACAGGAAUCAGGAUGAUAUACUGUCAGUGCUGUCGGAGAUUCUGGAGGAGCAGUCCCACAAAGAGCUGUUUGGCCUGGAGCUGGGGUCUGGCACUGGGCAGCAUGUCGUGCACUUUGCCCAGGAACUGACCUACGUCACCUGGCUUCCAACAGACAUCAAAGAGGAGUCUCGGGCAAGUAUCCGUGCUUACAUUGGGGCAACGAAAGUGAAGCGUGUUCUAGAACCUGUGCACCUGGAUGCUAGUGAGCCCUGGGACAAGUGGGCAGGCCUUCCUCGUAGCUCCUGUGAUGUGAUCGUAGCCAUCAACCUCUUCCAUGUCAGCUCCUUCAAAACAGCAGAGGGUGUGUUUCAAGGAGCUGGUGAGAUUCUGAAAAAGAAUUGCUGUCUAAUGACAUAUGGGCCUUAUGCAAUGAAUGGGAUCAUCAUACCUCCAUGCAACGAGGAACUGGAUAGAAAUCUGCGUGAGAGAAACCCUGAAUGGGGCCUUCCUGACAUUGACGUUCUGAGACAGAUUGCCUUUACCAAUGGAAUGCGCAUGGAGCGAAUGGUUGACAUGCCAGAGAGCAACAAAUGCUUGGUCUUCAGGAAAAUCUGAAAAGCCAAACCAAACUGACCUGCGUUAGUGAUGCACUGAUGUUCUGAAGAACUGGGACCUUGCACAUUGAACAUUUAGUUGCAAUUUUUGCACUUUGUAAUAUGAGAGUCUAUGAAUUUUUUUUUUAUGUAAAGGAUUAAUGUAUAGAAAUCCAGUCAUUAUUGGGAAAAUAAGUCCCGACAGGGCGAACCGGACUUAUUUUAUAAUACAUAGAUGACACAGUUAACUAUGCAACUUCAAGACAUGGUCCUUUAAAGGUGUUGUAGGCACAUUCAGUUGUUAAAAAAUAGCAUCGCAUGGCACUGGAACAUGCAACAAAUUGAAGAAUCCACUUAAAUAGCACACAUACAAAUAUCAUAUCACUCUUCUGUUUCCCCAGGUCUACAUUUUAUUUUAGGGUCUAAAAGAGUAACAUUAUUUUUAGGCAACUGCUAAUGCACCUCAUUCUGUAUAAUGAUAUUCUUAUGUAAGGAUAGAAAAUGUCAGUACAUCUGUUCUGAUGUCAAAAAUUAAAUCACACAUGAACCAAAA